ACAGAACAAGUGAAAAUAGUACUUCUGCUUACUCCCUGGCCAUUGAAAGACUUCUUGAGAUCUGGGGUACCUUAGAAGAUACUUUGGUCAAAGUGAAACAGAACUCUUACUGGAGAGAUGUACUGUCUGCAAGACUUCUGAUAACAUUCACAGAGCUCAACCAUCAGUUGAUGGACUUCCCCCACAUAGCAACUCACACUGACUUCCAGUACAAGUGGACUUAUGUACUAAGCUACCUCGGCUUCGCCAGGGUUAUGACAGAACCACUUAAUGACUGCUGGUUAGAGAACAUUGACCUCAAGUUAAACUCAAGCCAGCAUGUAAAACAUCCUUAUAUCUUUGAGACGAGCCUGUGGCAGAUCUCUGGAGCAGAGACAGAGCUUCUGUCUGGGUCUCACGCUGGAAUUCAGGCUUUGGCAGACACUCAGCAGUGUUUGUUUGAUCGCGUGGUGCCGGCUCUCAGGUUGGCGUCUCGAUCCGUGUCUUCGGGCCUCAGUAUGAGGGUCUGCCUGCUGGCCAUAGCCUGCCUCAUCUACCCGGUGGUGAUGUUCUCGUUCAAGCAGAUGACCGAAUGGAUACAGAACUACGCCAAGAGCUUGAAGGAGAAGACAGAGGAUCUGAAGCGCCAGAGGCAGCUGGCGGAGGAUCUGCUGCAUCAAAUGCUGCCCAAGUCGGUCGCCAAGCAGCUCCGUCAGCAUAAACAUGUCGAGGCAGAGAGCUAUGAAAAGGUGACUAUUUUUUUCUCAGAUAUCGUGGGCUUCACCUCUAUCUCUGCAUCCUGUGCUCCUCUGCAAGUGGUGGAAAUGCUUAACAACCUCUAUAUGUGCUUUGACACACGCAUCGACUCCUAUGAUGUCUACAAGGUGGAGACGAUUGGAGAUGCAUACAUGGUGGUGAGCGGUCUGCCUGAGAGGAAUGGGGAUAGACAUGCUGAUGAGAUUGCCAAGAUGUCGUUGGAUCUGGUAGCAGCUGUCAGACAGGUCUCCAUCCCUCACAUGCCCAACCACAGGCUGCAGCUCCGAGCCGGCAUCCAUACAGGUCCAUGUGUGGCGGGAAUAGUGGGCUACAAGAUGCCAAGAUACUGUCUGUUUGGAGAUACUGUCAACACAGCUUCUAGAAUGGAGUCAACUAGCUUGCCUCAGAAAAUCCACGCCAGUUCAGAAACCUACUUGGCUCUGACGAAAGACAACGCCUACGAGUUUCACCUUCGUGGAGAGAUUGACGUUAAGGGUAAAGGCAAAAUGAGCACAUAUUGGUUGGUUGGCCAUAAGAACUACAGUGUACAAAAUGACAGUCUGGUCUGCCACUGGAAUCCCAGCAAGGCCAGAAAGAAGAAGACGGUGGCAGGCAGUGAAGGCUCUGUGGGCGCUGUGAGUUAACUGUUUAGGUUUCCCAUAUGUUUACCAUUGGGGUGCCAUAUUGCCUGUCAGAACGUCUGUCCCCGUCCUCUAGCUGUUUCCCGUCAUAUUUAAGAAUUAUGGCCUACGUUUGCUUUCUGUGCUUGAAAUCACAGACUGUCUGCCUGUUUUUGUAAUUCCCUACUUUGCCUUUUGUCUUGGAUUUUUCAUUUUUUCUUUAACUGCAUAGUUAACUUUUUUGUACUGCAUGUUGUUCAUUUUCUGUGAAUACUUGGGUUCUCAUGAUUAUGUUAUUUUGCACGUCCAUGUAUUUUUGUAAGGUUCAUCUAUUUUUUUGUGCUCUGGAUAUGUUUGGUAUGUUUAAUGUCAUAUGGGUGUGACUGUAAUUACCCGUUUAUGACUUGUACUUGUGUUCACAUCAAGUUGUAAUGAUCCCUGGAAACUUUUUCUGAAAGCUCUGAUCCAACUUCAAAAAGUGCCCUAACCUAAACCAAUAUGGCCCCCCACUGUCAGCCAUGUCAUUCAAAGUAAUAAAUGCAAGUUCAAUGGA